AUGAGCUGGAUUUGCGGCAUUUUGCGCGGCGCCAGCGAUCCUUAUCUCGGUCCAGCGUCGCCCGACUGUGCCGCCACCAUUCCGGCCCACAAUCUAGACGCCAUCGAGCUCGUCGCGCUAUCGGCCUCCCAAGCACAUCCAUCUGUAGCCACAGGCGACCAAGAGCCUCGUCAUCGUCAAACCUCCAAGACAGCCGCCUCGGACAGCGCAACCGCAGAACCACCGCAUACUCCAGCUCGAUCAUCGAGAAAGUCGCAGGCACCAAGCUCGACCACCCCUGAAACACACACAGACGCGAACGCUGACGACGACGACGACGCCAAGCCCAAGAUGCUGAACACACGGUCGCUCGUGCCCGUCUUUGUGGUGGGAAUGCUCAUCACAGGCAUCAGCAACUCGCUGCUCAACAAGUACCAAGACAUGCAGUGCGUCGCCAACUGCGACUCACCUGAUCCGCGCAAGCGACAGGAGUUCUCCCAGCCCGUGUGGCAAACGCUCCAGAUGUUCCUCGGCGAGUGUCUCUGCUUGCUUCCCAUCCUGCUCCGCGCCAUCUACGCGCGCGUCUCUGGAAACUCGGCACGCGAUGCUGCGCUCAAGAAGCCGCUCCUUCAGGCUCCCCCUGACUCGGGCAUCGUCUUUGACGGCGACGCGUCCCCAAGAGACCGCGGUCUUUCAGCCAUCUCGUCGUAUCAAGCCACACGCGGCCGCGUCCACACGGGCGCCACCCACGCUCCCACCGACCCUUCCGUACCCGCUCCGCCGUUUGAAAUCGCAUCACGCGCCGUGCAGCCUGGCGAGCUCGACGAGUCCGCCUUCACCACGGCCAACGACAGCAGCUACCUUGACGUAGACACGGACGAGAUCGACGCGGUCAAGGGCGAGACCAUGUCCGGCAAGGCCGUCGGCCUCUUCUUUAUGCCCGCGCUCUGCGACAUCUGCGGCACGACGCUCAUGAACGUCGGCCUUCUCUUCACGCCCGUGAGCAUCUACCAAAUGACGCGCGGCGCGCUCGUCCUCUGGGUCGGCGUCUUCUCCGUCAUCUUCCUCCGCCGCCACCUCCACCUCUUCCAGUGGCUCAGCCUCGUCACCGUCAUGAUGGGGGUCUCGGUCGUCGGCCUCUCGGGCACCGUGUUUAAAGCUCCCGAAGCAUCGCCCUCGUCCGAGGGUGACGACGAGAUCCCCGAGACCGCACAGGCGCUGCUUGGCGUGCUGCUCAUCCUCUUCGCCCAGCUCUUCACCGCGUCUCAGUUCGUGCUCGAGGAGAAGAUCAUGUCGCGCUACUCGGUAGAGCCGCUUCUGGCCGUCGGAUACGAGGGCCUCUUCGGUGCUGCCACCACGCUGGUCGCCAUGCCGCUGCUCCACUACUUUGUCGGAUCGACGCCCGAAGGUCGGGGUGGCUACUUUGACAUGUCGGCUGGCUUUUACCAGAUCAUCUCGGUGCCUGCAGUGCUGCGCUCGUCGAUUGCCAUCUGCUUCACAAUCGCCUUUUUCAACUUCUUUGGACUUUCGGUUACGAGGAAUGUCUCGGCCACUGCGCGCAGUACGAUUGACACGUGCAGGACGCUGGGUAUUUGGGUGGUCUCGCUCACGCUCGGAUGGGAGACGUUCAAGCUCCAGUCGGGCAGCCUGCAGGUGCUCGGUUUCGUGCUUUUGGUGUACGGAACCUUCCUGUUCAACGGAAUCGUCAGUCCACCUGGCUUCUGUAUGCCGCGCGAGAGGGACGGAUACAGCCACCUUGCCCAGGACGAGAACGCAUCCGAGUUUGAAGAUGAACAUCGCCGAGCUUAG